AUGGUGCAUCUCCAUGGAGCCGCCACCAUGACCAGUCGAUCCCGCGUUCGUGGAGCAGCACUCCAAGCAAGCUUAUUGACCAAUAGUAAUACUAAUAUGGACCCCCCACCACCCAACCCGCUCAAUCUGUUGUCGGAAGAUCAAUUGGCAGAGAAGGUGGACAUGUUGUUGGACUGGUGGCACGACAAGAAACAAGUGUUGUGUAUCACGGGAGCGGGUCUCAGUACCGAAUCUGGAUUGGCCGACUACCGAGGCCACAAUGGAUCCUAUCAUCGAGGCCACAAACCCAUGAUUCAUGAUCAAUUCAUGGGCUCGGAAUACCAACGAAAACGCUAUUGGGGACGUGGCAUGGUGGGAUGGACCAAUUUCUUUACGGCCAAACCCAAUAAAGGGCAUUUGGCGCUCGCUUCGUUGGAACGAAAUAAAAAGAUUGGUGUCACAUUUGACGAUCAACCUGAGUUCUACAAUUCAGAACAAGACGACUCUUGGCUCUUUAGCUCGGGACAACAACAAAUGGCAAUCAUCACACAGAACGUCGAUUCCCUCCAUCGACGUGCCGGGUCCACGCAUGUCACGGAACUGCAUGGGAGAACCGACAUGUUGGUAUGCAUGUCCUGUGGGGCGAAACGAGAGAGAAACGAUUUUCAUACCGAGCUCGAAACGAGUAACCGCGAAUGGUUGGAACGCGCCAUGAACGAGGCAGAAAUGAGACCGGAUGGGGAUGCCGCUCUUCCGGAUGACAACAACAGUUACUACAAAUCUCUCUGCAUUCCGCCCUGUCAAAGUUGUGGUGAGGGCUUUCUCAAACCCUCGGUCGUCUUUUUUGGUGACUCGGUGCCAAGUCACCGCAGAGCGCGCUGUAGCGCGGCGGUCGACGCGGCCGAUGGAUUGCUAGUGGUGGGAAGUUCACUGGCGGUCUAUUCGUCCUAUCGACAUGUACGAGAGGCCCAUCAAAAGGGCACGCCAAUAGCCAUUCUGAAUGUGGGAGAGACCCGCGCCGAGUUGGAGCAAUUGAAUAGUGUCACCAAAAUAGAAGCUCCUGCAGGACCUACUCUGCAGCGGAUUGCCCAACAUUUUGACACACAGAACAGUUAG